UUCGUUUAUACUGUUUGUUUAUCUAUCUCCUCAUUGUCUUUCAGCUUGUUUGUUUCUUAGGAAACUUUUCUUUUUGAGAGGAGAAAGAAAUUUACUCUGCUUUACCGCUCUGUUUGGUUCCUCGGAAAUCCAGGGAGUAAACUCGGAAAAAAACUGAAGCCUUGGAGUGAUAGCAUGUUAUAUUGGAAGUGGUGACAGAUUGUGCAUUCGAUUCUCCUUUUGUCCCGCGCUUUCAAAGGCCUUCGCUUAUUUUUCGCAUCUCUUUUAAGUUUUUAGUCUGUUCUGGAUGAUUGAAGAUUUGGAUCCUGAUCAGCGAGGAUUUCUGAGUUUCUUUUAAUCAGAGACGGGCGUUUUGAAUAUAAGGAUUUUCUAGGGCAUGGAGGUAACGUGUGGUGCAGCGCCGCAAUUCUCUGCUCUCAUAAUCGGUUCGAAGAGCAUUAGAAGGAAGCCGAAUAUGGCCGUGGUGCCGUCGAAUCAGGGAGAGCUAAAAGAAUGUAUGAUAAAAAUAUGUGAUUUUCGCCGGAAAGGCAUGUGUAGGCGGCAGAGGCGGUUCGAUUUCCGGCUUUCGCACUCUUCUAACCAUUCACAAGUGCUGGAAUCUGGAAAUCUUUGUGCAUCUUUUAACGAGGACUGGUUGUUAAAGAACAAGGCACAAGAGCUCGCUUCAUGCUUAAAUGGACGAUCAAUAUUUCUUUUGGGAAUGAUGGGCUCUGGCAAAACAACAGUGGGCCGAGUUCUGUCAGAAGCAUUAGGUUAUUCCUUUGUUGACAGUGAUGCGCAUGUGGAACAGGCUAUGGGUGGAACUUCUGUGGCACAAAUAUUUAAACAGCAUGGGGAGAGUUUCUUCAGAGAUCACGAGAGUGAGGCAUUGCGGAAAUUAUCCUUGGCGCCCAGGCAAGUUGUUGCCACUGGAGGUGGUGUAGUUGUUCGCCCAAUCAAUUGGAAAUUUAUGAGGCAGGGGAUCACUGUCUUCUUAGAUGUACCCCUUGAUGCCUUGGCCAGGAGAAUUGCUGCAGUGGGAACUGAUUCACGCCCUCUUUUGCAUUUUGAUUCUGGAGAUGCUUACACAACGGCUUUUGUGGGACUGUUUACUCUUACCAAAAAGAGAUCCGAGGCAUAUGCCGAUGCUGACACUACAGUUUCCCUUCUAGAUCUUGCUGCCAACCUGCAUCUUGAAGAUGUGUCUGAUAUCACGCCAACUGCCAUAGCAAUUGAGGUACUCGUACAAAUUGAGGAAUUUCUACGGGGGGAGAAUGGCAGGUCCCUCCGAGUGUAUCCUUAAAUAAUCGAAUAUCAUGGUUUUUUAUUUCCAAAGUUCUCACGUCGGUUCUUUUUGUACGGUUGAUGCAAAUAAGAUAAAAAAAACAUUAAGUUAUUCUUUUCAUCAUAUAAAA